AGACACUAAAUUUAGUUGUCAACAACCUAGCUCUCUGCAGGAUAAUGAGGAUUUGACGACUGGUUGAAAUUUAGUAAAGCUAAGAUAUUACCGAAAUAGCCGUCCCUGUCAUGUUCAGUAAAGUAAAUCCCACAAAAAAGAGCCAGUUCUUAGAACAGACUAAGGCAUUACGUGAAGAAAGAGCUCACGACAAAUUGAAGCAUGAUGCAGCCAUUGUCAUUCAAGCUAGAGUCCGAGGAUUCAUCGCUAGGCGCAAGUUUCACAGAGAUAUAUGUAGAGAGAUAGAUGAUAUACUGGAGGUUCCGACAGAUCCAGGGGCGGACUACAAACCAAAACUCAAGCCAGCACUGGAAGUAUACCGGGCAAUUCAGAAAUUUUUCUUUGUUUUUGACAAGGACAGGGAUCGCGGGAAAUUUGAUUAUCUUUGCAAAUAUCUUUUGGCCUCCAUGGACACAAGUGCAGACAAUAUGAAGGUUUGCUAUGUCUGUCUGGUACUGAACAAAGCUGUUGUGUUACCCUGGAUAGCUCAGAUCAAGGAAGUUUUAUGGAAGUGCUGUAGUUUUGUCAAGUGUUUGAAGGCUGAGUACCAUGCUGACAUGAAAAGAAUCAACUUGUACCUUACAAUGCUGAUUACAUUCACAAAUGCAGGAGGGUGGAAGGUCCUCAAGGGCAAACUGGGAGAGACACUUACUCCAGGAAUGAAUCAACUUUGUAACAAUAUAAUGGGGCACCUCAAUACAAAGGGAUUGUAUCCUGUAUUAAAGGGACUGUUAGCACAAGGAUUAUCUAGGACGAAGAUUCUAUUCAAUCCUGCCACUUUGUCUGCUAUCGUCAACUUGUCUUUAAGGCCUUUGAUUGCCUCCAACUUCUCUGAGAACUUAAUGACUGUGUUCAUUCUUCACAUCCUAUCAGUACCAGCUCUUCUUCAUCAUGUGGACGUAAAUGCUGGGGAGUGCCUAAAUGUUCUCAUCACACAUCGGAUUUUCAAACGAGCUUUGGAUUUGCUGACUAAUGAACAGAGCACCAGGAUAAUCUUCAAUUCCCUGGAGGGAAGUUAUGCACUUUGUCUGCUAGCAAACUUGGUCGGUUUAGGCAUGGUUGAAGUAGAGGCUGCAGAUACGUUUCUGGACUCUCUAGGACUUGUGGAAAAUACACAGAGUUUUAUGUCAGUGGUUAUUCGCUUACUGGAAAGUUGUAAAAAAUAUGUCCUCAAUAAGAAGUCCAACCUAACAAACUGGCAUCCGAUCCUUGGCUGGUUCUCACAGAAAUCAGACGAAAGUUUAAAUGCAGCAAUGCCACAUGUGAAAGAGCAGAUCAAAUUACUUUGGUCUGAGAAGAUGAUCAGGAUCUUGUUUUCUGACCUCUUGACCUAUGUAAAGGUGGAGAAAGAGCAAUCAUCUGCAAAGAAGGAACCCUCUCCCUCCAAAAAUAUACUGAAGAAAGCUAUAGAUAAAGCCUCGUCCAAGUCGACCGGUGCCAAGAUCAAACUGGAGAGUCCACUCGCAAGGACGACGUGUAACACUUGUGCCCUGUUUCAGAUUAUGAUGAAUACUCUUAGUCAGCUGAAGAUGGACAUUCUGUCAGGUAUAAGUUACAAUCAGGUCCUGUUGCCGGCAUUGUGGAAGUUCCUCUGUGACCUGGGCCCAAACUGUGGGCUUAAAGUUUUCCUGGACUUUCUGAACCAGACUCCCAAUAGUGUUAUCCAUCCAAUAUUCAGCCUGCUGACUGUGUUCUGUGAGGCUGCAACUCAUUAUAUUGUAACUCUAGACGAUAUGGAGAUGUAUGAACGACAGAAAAUGUUUAAGUUGGAAGAUUACAUCAAGAUGAGCAAGUUUCUAAAUUUAUUUGUGUACAGAGUCACCUGGCACAAUCUUAUAGAUUUGAAGAGUUUGGAAAGUGGAGAGUCGGACGUUUACAAUGGUGCACACAAUCUUUUGCUUCUGUUGUAUGAAAGAGAUUGCAGAAGACCCUACGCUGAAAAAGAUCACUGGCUUAACAGAGAUAUCAAACCUAGUUCAUUCCUUAAAGAAACUGACAGAGACCGAGCUAUGGAAGUGUUGGUGAAGAAAACUCCGUUUAUCAUUCCAUUUGCAGAGAGAGUAAAAGCCUUCAGACACCGAGUACGGAUAGAGAAGGAAAGUCUGGGUUUGACAGAAUCCGCCGCCAUUACACCUCAGUCCACACUCAUCACUGUGCACAGGAGCAGGACUGUGGAGGAUGGCUACAGACAGUUGGCUCAGAUUCCCUCGCAGUCCAUGAAGGGAGUGAUUCGGGUGAAAUUCGUGAAUGAACAAGGUCUGGAUGAAGCUGGGAUUGAUCAAGAUGGAGUCUUCAAGGAGUUUUUAGAGGAAACCAUAGCUAAAGUGUUUGAUCCCUCCCUCAGCUUGUUCAAGGUUACCACAGAACAAAAGCUAUAUCCUUCAUCAACUUCCUUUAUUCAAGAAAACCAUCUUCAUCUUUUUGAUUUUGUGGGGAAAAUGUUGGCCAAAGCAGUGUAUGAGGGUAUAGUUGUGGAUGUACCCUUUGCUCCCUUUUUUCUGACCCAGAUUCUACAACAUCACCAGAGCACCAUGUACAGUCCUCUAGAUGAACUUCCAUCUCUAGAUCCAGAGCUAGCAAAGAAUCUUUCCUACACCAAGCAUUAUGAAGGAGAUGUAAGUGACCUUGACUUGACCUUCUCCUGUGAUGAGGAUUGUAUGGGAAGAUUAGAGACACACGAACUUGUUCCUGGUGGGAAAGCAAUGCCAGUAACCAAUGAAAAUAAAAUACUGUACGUUCACCUUAUGGCCCAUUUCCGGAUGUAUCGACAAAUCAAGGAGCAGACGGCAGCAUUCAGAAGAGGAUUUCGAUCAGUCAUCAAUCCAGAUUUGCUGUUGAUGUUCUCUGCUCCGGAAUUUCAGAAACUUAUAUCUGGAGAUAAUACUGACCUGGAUAUUCAAGAUCUCAGACGUCACACCCGAUACUAUGGAGGGUACCAUAACAGCCACAAGGUCAUCAGCUGGCUGUGGGAUAUUGUCACUAAUGAAUUUACUCCUCAGGAGAGGGCUUUAUUCCUCAAGUUUGUGACUAGUUGCUCCAAACCUCCUUUAUUAGGAUUCGCCCACCUGGAACCUCCGUUUUCUGUUCGUUGUGUAGAAGUUAGCGAUGAUCAGGAUACAGGAGACACAGUCGGGAGUGUGCUGAAAGGCUUCUUUAACUUGAAGAAAAAAGACCCCAUAGGCCGCCUUCCCACCUCCUCAACAUGCUUCAACCUCCUUAAACUUCCCAACUAUCAGAAGAAGUCAACUCUCAAAGACAAACUCAGAUAUGCCAUCACCUCUAACACAGGAUUUGAACUUUCUUGAGCAUAUUGUUGGAAACACCAAAUGAGCACUGAGCUCGGGACAUUGUCCUGUGCACUUUCUUGUGUGUGUACACAGGUGGUCACAUGAUCUUCUGGCACAGACCUUUAGUAUCACCAUUUCCAGCUUGAGGUGGCAUCAGCAUGUUGAUGCUGGACAGAUAAUCGAGGAACCCUAACCAUUUCCAGCUUGAGGUGGCAUCAGCAUGUUGUGAAAUGCUGGACAGAUGACUGAGGAACCGUGACCUUAGGUUUGACCUCGGCUUAUCUUGCUGUCAGAACCAAAACUACAAUCUACUUCUCAGGUGAUGUAAGCUCUCCAACUGUUUUAAUGCUGAUUGUCUUGAUGCAUAAUAUUUCUUAAUUUCAAGUAUAAAAAGGUAUUAAUAGUAAUAUUUCUGUAUUAUUGAAUUGUGCCUAAAAUAUCAUCAAAUUUUUAAAGUAAGUGAAACUUCUUCAUAGUACUACUGUACAUGAAUAUGUUGUCUGUGAUAUUGUUUAACAUUUUUCAGCAGUUAGAUGUUUUUAAUUUGAGAAUUUUACAGGUGUGUUUUAAAAAACAAACAAAUUUAAUGUUUAUUGACAACCCAAGAUCCUAAUUAUGUUAUAGUACAAAUACAGAAUCUGACAACUAGGACACCUAUAUAUUGUUUGCAAAGGAAGGGAGAUAACUUUUGAUGUGCUUCGACAUUCAUUGUCUGGUAUGUGUGUAGAUAUGAAAUGCUUUUUAAAUCCAUGUAUAUAAAGCAAAAUUGAUGUGUUUUAGUCAGCUAUUUUAUGUCAAUUUUCUUUGGACCAAUGAUUGUGAGUUUUUGUUGCAAUUCCUACCUAAUUAUAAUGUAUAUGUUGAAUGUAUAGUCAGUAUUUCAGUGUGUAAACAAUAUUUUUAAUUACAAAACAUACAUUUAUUGAAAUAUGAUCUAGAUAUCUAAUAUCUUGUUCUGAGAUUAUGUAUUCAGUAACAUAGGUAUAUAAUUUAUGAAAUAUGAUUGGGACUCAACUGUCAGAGGUCAUGUGUAAAAUGCAGACCAAAAUAAAUUCCAUGUUUACGUCAGGCAAAUCUCUCUAAAGCUGAUGAAAGCAAGUGAAAAGUAAAAAACAAAUUAAUUUUGUAAACACGUAUUAUAGAUGAAAUUAUCAAUAAGUAAAAUUAGCUAAACUUCUAGGAAAAAUUAGUAUAUUUAUAUAUCCCCUUACGAAACAGCCUGUAGAGAAAUAAAUGAUAUGUGAUUGAACUCCAUCUGAUCAUCAAUUUAUGUAGCUCCAUGAGGCCAUGUCAAGCACUCUAGAAGAUUAUAUCGGAGAUUUAUCCCAAUAUAUAUAUAUAUAUAUAUAUAUAUAUAUAUAUAUAUAUAUAUUCUGACUUCAAAAUUUAUUAAUUCUGGUAUUUCUUUAGAUUUUCAUUUGGCUAAUUUUCAAGGAAAACUUUCAUCUACAACUAAUGUAAAACAUCACAUUUAUUUACGGUGGCCUGAGUUGAGUUACACGGUAACCAGUUAACCAGUUCUUUAUGGAUAGAAAAUUCACAUUUUUAUGCCCCCGGGAUUGAAGAUUUGGGAGCAUAUAGUUUUUGGCCUGUCCAUCUGUCUGUGGCAACAAAAUUUAACUUUAUCCUUUUACACCAUAAGAGGUAGAUCUUUUAUAUUUGGUAUGUGUAUUUCUUGUGGCAAGACCUUUCCACUGACACCAAAUCUUUGAUGAUUCCACUUUGUUGUAAUCCGGGGGCAUCAGCGUUUCACCAACACAUAUUGUUUUUGAAAUGUAAAAAUAUUUCAACAGCUGUGCUUGUAUGGUAGGUAUAUGUCGAUCAUCAACUCAGCCUUAUAUAAUGGAGUUGAUUUUAAUUAGAAAAACAUGGUGUAAUUUGUACUAAAAUAAUUUUUGUGACUCGUAUUAUUACAUUGCAUAUAUGUAACAGUAAAUAUGUUAACCUGCCCUUGUUGUCUUUCAGUGGAGAAAUAAAAGAUCUUUGAUA